AUUGUCCUCUCUCCAGCGCGCCCCGGACAAUGUCAAUUCUUUCCCUCUGAUUUCCAUCCAUAUAACUGCAACGUUCUCUCCACCUGUAUCCGUAGCCCACCGCCUCAACGCUUGUAGAACACGUCUCAACACCCCCCAGCCAUCCCAGCCAUGGCCGCCCCUAUCGUCUCGCCCCAGCCACGCUCCGCGCUCAACCCGCGUCUGCUCUCCUCAUCGCGUCGACCAGCAACACCCUCGCCCCAUCCGCAGGACAACAUCCGCGCACUCCCGCAAAGGCGGCUCUUCAGCCCUCCUCGACUCUCGACACCCGUUGAUCUCUUCGAUCCCCGCGCCAGCAGAUCCCAGGCGUCCAAGCCUACACCUUCGUGUAGCUCGGUCAACAACAAGAGACGUCGGAACGUCACGUUCAACUCCGUCCGCUCUCCUCGACGCCGCCAUUGCUUGCGAACAGAGUGUCCAGUGUCCCCUCUUGCUGGACCCGAAUUCUUUGACCACAUCCCAUGGAUCUCUCAACUUGACCGGACGCCUGAGAGCACGCUUCCCAUGGACAUCGCGGACCUCCCCAUGCCAAUGGGUGACUAUAUGCGCACGACACCGCCCUGCAGCGGUCCCGUACGUACGCGCAAGUCAUCGUUGCGAUCGAACCCCCUCGCGCACCCGCCCGGCAGGUCUCCCGAUUACGCGCCACCAGACCUGCUGGAGCUGCCCGUAUACGCAUUGCUACCUUCCGAUCGAUUGCCGUCGACGCCACGCACGCCGAUCAGGGAGGCCUUCGUACCAUCCGACGUCCGCUUCUUUGGUCUUCGGCCUGCCCUCAACGACCUCGACGACCACUGGCCACCGUCUGACGCGCUCUCGCCGUGACGUCCGCGACGACUCGACUAAUUAUGCGACCAUAUGCGUCGCCACCGUACCCAAUUCACGCCUGCACGCCAUCUAAUCUUAUUCAAGCCUCCCGUAUUCGCUGCCUAUCCUCACGUCCCUCACCAGCAAGUCGCCAGAUGACUUAUGAUCGUUUCCGCUCGCCCAAUCUACACAUCCGACCCAGCCGAUAUACGCGUACAAGCCGUUGAUA